AUGAGCAUAUCCUAGCACCAAGGCAAUCGAGAAAGGAAAAGCAGCUAUACAGCAAAAUAAAUAAUUGAUGCUUAAAAGUUACAUGUUAUAAACUUAAUGAUUACAGUAACUUAUAUGCAUUUUCUAUUAAUUAGAUUAAUUAAGGCCAUCAUGAAUUUGACCAUUUUGAAAGGGAAUUGUAGAUGCAUUAUUUUUCAACUGCCUUUAUUGUCUGUUGUUGACAAAACUGGUUGGGUUAAUGUGCAUAGAAUUGAGAAAGAAUAUAAUUGAGAAAGUCAUCAUAAAUAGUGUAUGUGAUAAAUACAGUGAAUAAAAACAUUGACAUUUUUAAGGAGAUGCUGCUUUUCUGACAGAAGACACAUAAACCUUGACCUGCACUAAAACUCAGUACUAAGAGCAAGACAACAGUGGCUAGUGAUCUCAACAUAUUUACCCCUGAAACUAAAACUUUCUUCCUGAAAACACCCGUACCAUUUCACCUGCAAUGAUGUUGUGUCGUUUAACAAGCACCAGCCAAAGCCCACUAAACAGUCCAACUCAGCUGCGGUUGGUGCUGUUGGGAAAAACAGGUUCAGGUAAAAGUGCCGCUGGAAACACCAUCUUGGGUACAAACUGUUUCCAAUCUAAUCUGAGCAUGAGCUCAGUGACAAAUCAAUGCCAGAAGGAAUGUGGAGAUGUUCAGGGACAGAGUCUGGCAGUGAUUGACACUCCAGGCUGGUUUGACACAUCCCUACAGCAAAGGGAGAUAAACCAGGAAGUGCUAAGAGGUCUGGCCAUGUGUUCACCUGGACCACAUGCAUUUCUGCUCAUUAUACCAAUCGCUCGCUUCACAGAGGAGCAGCAGCAGACUGUUGAUAUGAUUACAGAAGUAUUCAAGGAGAACAUCAAUCGUCACACAAUCAUCAUCUUUACCCGAGCAGAUGAACUGGAAGGAGAGACAAUUGAGCAGUUUAUAUCCAGACAGGGCAAAAAAAUCCAGGAUCUUAUUGCACGAUUUGGUGGGCGUUUCUUGGCUUUCAACAACAAGGACCCAGAGAAUCGGGACCAGGUGAAACAGCUUCUGAAGAAGCUGGAUGAGUUGCUCGAACAAAAUGAGUACCGUCACUUCACCAACCAGGAAACAGAAGCUGUAGAGAAAGCACUAUUAAUGCUGAAAGAGAAAAAGCUAAAAGAUUCAAUUGAGAAGGCCAAGCAGGAAGUAAGGCAGAUCGGUGAACGACGCAAGGCUGAAAUCAACAAAGCCCUGGAGAUGGACAAGCAAAAGAUAGAACAGCAAAGACGUCACACCCAGAGUGAAAUCCUCCGUUUAACAGCAGAAAUGAAUAAGGAAUCUGAAAACCUUUAUGAAAGUCCACACAGGCUGCAGUCACUGCGUAAAUCUCUACAGAGUGCAGAAAACCAACUCACAAAGCUGGAGGAAGAGAAACACAUGAGGAUAAAGGAAAGUGAUUUGGAGAUAAAUAAUGUUGAAAAAUGGAUCAUAGAAAAAGAGCAAAGGAGAGAGCAAGAGGAGAGAGAAAAAGCUUCUAAUGAGGAUGAAAGCAAAUGGUAUUUGGAUGAAAAAUAUUUCACUAUUCUGAAGUACCUCAUCUUGUUUGCAGGAGGUGCUGGAGCUGGGCUUCUGUUGGGACCUGCAAUUUUUUUAGCCCCUGCAGCACCUGUAGGUCUGUUAGCCGAGUUAACUGCACUGCUCGGACCAGAGCUUGCAGCCACAGUGAUGGCAGCAGCUACAAAAGCAGCUCCUAUAGUGGGUGUGGCAACAAAGGUAGCUCCAAUGGUGACUAGCCUCUGUUCCAUUCAGUAAAACACAAACAAAUACAUGUAUCUGUCUCAUCCGUCACUGUAUUGUACAGUGUACUAUUGUAGUCCAGGAUUGUCAAGCAGGCACAGACAAAUGAUGCAGAAUCCAUGUUCUUCUAGAGGGCAAAGUAGUUUUUAAUUUCUUUUGUUUUGUAUGUGAGAGUAAAUCUGGUCCACCUCACAAUGGACUAAAUGUAACGUUGCCUGUUCCCUACAGUACAAUGAAUUAAACACCUCUGCUCUAGUCUUUUUUUUUUCUUCUUUCGGCUUUUCCCAUUAUGGGUAGCCACAGCGGAUCAUCCAUAUUCAUGAUCCGCAUGUUUGAUUUGGCACAUGUUUUGUGACGGUAAUAUUGCAUAUACAGAAUCAAUACUCAUAACAUGUUUUAUUAGUCAUUUUUGCAUGUACUAAUCACAGUCAGUGUACCACUUGCAUUCUCUACCCUCUAGUACACGAAUUUUUAAAAUGCAGCAGUUACUUUACAUUUUAUUCCUAACAUAAAAAAAAUUACAUUUACUGGAACUGUAAUCCUAUUACUUUGAAGUUUAUAUACUACUAUUAUCAGUACAUAUUUGCAGUAAUCAGAUACAAAAGUGUGUUUCAAUGCUACAAUGUAUAUUUUUUUUAUCCAUUUCAUCCAUUAUUUACAUUUAUUUGCAUAUCUUUUUAUCAUAUUGUGUGAUAUAAUGUAAUGUUUUAGUAGAAAUGGCUUCAAUGGUUUUGAUAUAUAUUAAGCAUGAAAAAUAAA